UAUUUACCAUUAUGCGGCAGUACAAAAAGGAUCUGGCUAGUCUGAGGAUAAACUGGUUAUUAAGAAAGUUCCAGAGUCGAGGGAAAUGAGGUACCUAGUUAUUGGAGGGGGUGUGGCGGGGACAACUGUAGCUGAAAACCUUCACAUCUUCGAUCAGCACGCCGACGUGACCCUAAUCUCUGCAACAGAAACGGUCAAAAAAGUUACAAAUCUGGAGAAAACGGGCGAAGUAAUUAACACUUUUGAUGUGACCGACUCCACGCCUAGGGGCCAGUAUUACCAUUUUAUCUGUGGUGUGGUCACUGGGUGUGAUUUGAAACAACAGACUGUUGUCCUAGCGGAUGGAAGAUCAGUUUCAUAUGAUAAAAUGUGUAUAGCUACAGGAGCCCACCCUAAAGUGCUCUACCCGAACAAUGCCCACGUGGUAGGUGUACGGGACACAGAGAGUGUUCAGGAUUUACAGAACAGACUCAAACAUUGCAAACAUAUAACUGUGGUGGGUAACGGCGGAAUAGCGUCGGAACUGGUUUUUGCAGCUAAGCUAUGUCAUGUCAGCUGGGUUAUCAAGGAUCAGACCAUCUCGUCAGUAUUUGUUGACAGUGUUGCCAGCAAGUUUCUUUUGGACUCUUUACAGAGUAAAAGUGGUAGUAAUAAUGACAAUGACGAGAGCAGUUCAGUGUCAAAACGGCAAAUAUUUUCAACUAAAGUAACAGAUAAUAAGAGUUGUGUAAUGGGCUCUGCUUUAGGUCCAGAUUGGUAUAAAGGAUACUCAUUAGAUGGACCCUCGUCUUCUAAACAGCUUGAAAUAGAAUAUGGGUGUGAAAUUGUUAGCAUUGAUACUGACAGUAACGAUUUCAAUCUAAAUAUCAAAUUAACAAACAGUAAGACACUACAAUCAGACGUUUUAGUCAGCGCAACUGGUGUAAUUCCUAACUCUGAACUUUUCAAAGAUAAACUUGAAGUUUCGGAGCUAGAUCACGGUAUAAUAGUAAACAAGAGAAUGCAGACAAAUGUACCCAGUGUGUUUGCUGCUGGUGAUAUUUGUAGUAUCCCCUGGAGGGAAUGUGAGAAUUGGAAGCAGAUGAGGUUAUGGACUCAAGCAAUGCAGCAGGGAUUUUAUACUGCUCGCAGCAUGGCUGCCUCUGAAGACGAUCUCAUCGAGCCAGACAUGUCGUUUGAGUUAUUUACACACUCGACUAAACUGUUUGGGUUUAAAGUGAUAUUGUUGGGGAGGUUUCAGGAGUGGGAGGGGUGUGAGUGUUAUUUUAGGAUUACUGAAGGAGUAGAGUUUGUUAAACUUGUUCUUACCAAUGGUAGGAUACAAGGUGCUCUCCUCAUCGGAGAAACUGAUCUGGAAGAGGUUAUGGAAAAUUUGAUACUCAAUCAAAUGGAUAUUUCACAGCUAGGCGAAAGCAUUUUAGAUCCAAACAUUGAUAUUGAAGAUUAUUUUGAUUGACGUUUUGUUACUGAUUGAUGCUAUCUUUUUAACUUGUUUUGAGUUUAUGUUAAAUUUCAGAUUUUCUUUGGUUUAUUUAGAAACACAUAUUGUAUUUUCAUUCAAUUUUCUGAAUUCGAGCAGUUUGA